AUGGCCUUCUUCAAGAGCUUCCAGCAGAACCUCCCAUCUGUCAACAUUUCCUCCAUCUUGGACUCAGUCAGCAGUCGUGUGGAUGACUUGGCCAGUGCUGUAAGUGAUGUCACUUACUCUGUCAGUGACCAGUUGACUGAGCAGGUCACCACUAUCAUCAACAAGGUCCAGGAGGAGGAGGAGGAUAACGAAAACACAAGUGGCCAAGAGGCCAGUCAGGGCUCUGCAGCCCAGGAAGCCAAGGCCAACCUUAAAAGCAAGUGGCAGGAUUUAGUGUCUAGAGAUCCAGACACCACUAAUGCAGAUCAGGGUUCGAAAAAUAGCCAAUCCAAUGACACCACGGAGGGGGAACACACCACGAGCCAGCUGGAGUGGGAAUGGAGGGAUGGAUGCUGGCGAGUCAAAAAGACAGAGGCAGAGUUAGCAGAGGAGGAGAGGAGGAAGAAUGAAGAAAGAGAAUGGGAGGAGAAGAGAGAACAGAAGAGAAAAGAGAGAAGACAGAGGAAGCUGGAAAAAGAAGCCAGUAGCCAGUCUCAGAUAAACCAAGAGCAAUCCCAAGAAAGCCAGCAGGAGCCCAAAGAGGAGAAAGCUGAGGCUUUAGAGGAAACUUGCUCCUCUCCUAAAGACAACAGCAGGGGACAAAACAAAAAGGCCAGCGACAGUGGAGGGAAAUCCGAUGCACAGCAUAAUAGCAAUGACCUAAAUGAAUGUUCUCAAUCACCCAGCCCUGAAACAGAAAGCAUGCUUUCCAAACAGAAAUACAAGAAUGCUGAGGGAGAAGAAGAGGAUGAGAAUGAGGGAAGCCGGGAGGCAGAGGGAGGAGAUAAGGAAGACUCUGAGCCUCCCACAACUCCCUCACCAAUCAAGAAGAAAAAGUCAGACAAGAAGAAGGGUAAAGGCACAAAAGAAGGUUCGAAGAAAUCGGACAAGGCCUCGAAUAAAGAGAAAAAGAAGGAGAAAGGCAAGAAAAUCAAGAAGAAAAAGAAAGCCAGCAAAGAGGGGGGCUCAUCAGACAGUGAGGAGGAGAGAGGCACAGAGGCUGUGGCCCAGCAGAAAACAGUGUCUUCAUGGGACAACAAAUGCAAGCAGUCCGCUGAGCAGGGGGGCUACAGCAGCGAGGCCUCGACCAACAGCAUCCAGAGGAUAAAACAAGGCUCUCCCCUCAACGAGCUCCAGCCUCCUCCCUACGAGGACGAGGACAAGGUGGCGCGCGUGUCCUCGCGUUCCCGUUCAGGACGGGGGGUCAGGAGAGGCUCGUCUCCAGAGGGCUGCGAUAGCCCUCGCUGCUCCAGUGAGGCCAGUGAGGACCAGGACACAGAGAGCUACCUCAACAAAGGCUAUGAGGAGGACGUACCCAGCGACAGCACUGCUGUGCUGGGAACAGAGGAUGGCUCUGGUCCUCAGCUCCCUACGGCGUAUGAGCCAGAGCCAUUAGCUAAAUAUGGCACGCUAGAUGUCGCCUUUGAGUAUGACUCCGGUGAGCAGUGGUUGGCCGUCACCGUCACCGCUGCCACAGACAUUCCUGCUCUCAAACAGACGGGCAACAUCUCAUGGCAGGUCCACUUGGUCCUGCUGCCCACCAAGAAGCAACGGGCCAAGACGGGCGUACAGAAGGGUCCAUGUCCUGUCUUCACGGAAACAUUCAAGUUCUCAAGGGUGGAACAGGAGGCCCUGGGGGAUUAUGCUGUGCGCUUCCGCCUGUACAGCGUCAGACGGAUGAAAAAAGAAAAGAUCCUCGGGGAGAAGGUGUUCUACCUGACUAAACUCAACCUGCAGGGCAAGAUGGCUCUGCCUGUUACCCUGGAGCCGGGCUCUGAACUCACAGGCUGUGGCUCUCUGGUGAGUGUGUCUCGCAGUGCUGGAGCUCUGUCCUACCGCUCUGCUGGAGACUCGUCCAUGCCAGAGAUCCUCCUGGGUCUCAUCUACAACUCCGCUACAGGAAGAUUAUCUGCAGAGGUCAUACAGGGAAGCCACUUCAAAAACACAGCCUCUGAUAAACCCACCAAUGGUCUGUUUUGUUGUAUUAAACACUUCAUAGGGGGACAGCUUUAUGUCAUGAGAGACACCUAUGUGAAGCUGACCAUGCUGGACUCCAAGGGGAAGGAGAUGUCCAAGUGUAAGACGGCCGUAUGCCGCGGCCAGCCCAACCCCACCUACAAGGAGACCUUUGUGUUCCAGGUGGCGCUGUUCCAGCUGUCUGAGGUUUCCCUGGUGGUGUCUGUCUUCUGCCGCCGGAGCAGCAUGAAGCCCAGGGAGAGGCUGGGCUGGGUCUCCCUGGGGCUCAACAGCACUGGCGAGGAGCAGCAGGCCCACUGGACCCAGAUGAAAGAGGCGGAGGGACAGCAGGUCUGCCACUGGCACACGCUCACUGACACAUAGGAGGAGCAGGAGGAGGAGGAGGAAGAACUGCAGUAAGAUGUAAGCUGCAGGAACAGCAGCGGACUGGAAUUCCCUGAAUCCUCAGAGCGUCGGGGCAGGGAGCAUUGUGCACCUGGUUGGAUGUGUGUGUG